UACGCAACGCGCCCGCCUCUGCCAAAAGCACGUGCUGCUUCGCGCACCGGUCAACAACGGGGAAAGGAACCUACCGAGGCGCGGGUAGAAACGUUUAUUUUUUAUUAGUUUGUUUAUUCCUGAAUGCCCUACUCGCGCCGACCGGUUUAUCAGUUGAACUUGCAAUGUCCUUCGAGCAAGACAAACGCUCGCUGUACGAGCGCCGCCGGAACAUCCUGUACCUGGUGUCCAACUACUUCUCCAUCAUGGGCCUGACGCAGGCCCGACAGGCUCUGCUGGACGAAACGCACCUCACCGAAGAGUUUGAAGUGUGUGACAACAUCGACCUGGACACGAUGUACCAGGAGUACUGCAGCUACUACCAGCUCAAGUUUGGCAAGGCGCCGCGGAUCGUGAAGAAAGCGGACUCGCAACCUGCGACGGCACCGGUUCUUCCCCAGCGGAAGCAAUCCGGCUGCAAGAAGCGAACGCAACCGAAGCAGACGCUCUCGCCACGUGGCGAACCGGAAGUCGACGGGGAGGCGAAGGGGCUGGGCAACAAUUUGACCGUGUCGCAGCUGGUCAACCCGAACCAGCCGGUGUCGCCCAGUAAGGUCAUGGAGAAUGGAAUUGGUGGGAUGGUACCGAAUUUGAGACCGUUUAUCCGAUUGCACGAGAAUUUCUCCAGUGAUUGGAAAGAACUUGCGGAUUUGAUUUGUCGCGACCUCAUCAAGAAAGAUCUUCAUCAGCGCUGGAACCAGGUCAAAGGUUUAGAUAUGGCGGUCAGCUUGCUGAAAGAAAGUGUCAUCACGCCGCUGCAAUAUCCGGAACUGUUUGUAGGUCUCGCCAAACCUUGGCGUUGCAUUCUACUGCACGGUCCUCCCGGAACCGGGAAAACCCUACUCGCCCGCACUCUCUGCUCGGAAACGCACGAAUCCAUCACGUUCUUCAACGCCACGGCCAGUACGCUAAUCUCCAAGUGGCGCGGUGAGUCGGAGAAACUGGUCCGCGUCCUUUACGACGUGGCCCGGUUCUACGCGCCGUCCAUCAUCUUCAUCGACGAGUUUGACGGGCUAGCUUCGCGUCGAGAUUCCGUGGGUGAACACGAAGCUUCCAAGCGGUUCAAGAACGAGUUUCUGUCACUGAUCGACGGGUUGGACAGUUCCGACGAGGAGCGCGUCUUUCUGCUGGCUUCCACCAACAUUCCGUGGGAGAUUGAUUCGGCGUUUUUGAGACGGUUUGAGAAGAAGAUUCUGAUUGAUGUGCCCGCGGCGGAAGGGAGGAGGGCGAUAUUUGGAGAGCUGCUUCCCGACACGGCCACGUGGGCACGGGAGCGGGUGGACGAGCUGUGCGCCAUGACGGAGGGUUUUACCGGCGAUGAGAUACGGAUCGCGUGCAAGGAGGCGGCCAUGAUGGUGGUGCGGGACCGGAUCGGAAAGGGUGGGGGCCCGUCCUCUAACGGCAAGUCUUCCCCGGGCACCAGCACCGCAACUGCGGUCCAGUUUGACCAGCUGAAGUCUGCCCUCCGCCAAAUUCAACCAGCGUCGGUUCCUUUAAUCGAAAAACACCGCGAGUGGAACCGAAAGUUUGGAAAUCAAUCGUGAGAAGAAAUAAAACAAGCCGCUUGAAUGAAUUUCAGUUCUCUGUGUACUUCAACAUUUUGAACACGUAAGUAACAUUAGUAUUUUUUUUUCUU